AUGAGCUAUUCGUACUCCCCGCGCACCCGCCUCGGCCACCAGGCCGCGCUGCCAUCACCCCUCCGCCAGACAUCCAUAGCCUCGAACGGCUCCUCAGCAUCCUCGCGCGACUCGGACCGGUUCCCUCCCAGCCGGUCAAGCACCCUGUCCAGCAAUGGAUCCACUCCGUCCCAGCCCGUGACGCUGGGGCACCGCCGCGGUAAGAGCGACGGCACGGCACUCACUCGAUCGCAGACCGACUACUUUGCCACCGAGGUGAAGGAAAGCAAUGCGCUCGACUACACAAGCAUGCGAAAAGCGCUGCGGCCGCUGCAACAGGUCCCGCAGAGCCCGCAGAGCUCACCCAUACCCGAAAAGCCACCUCGUGUAACAAAUAGUCUUACAAACAGUCCUACAAACAGUCCUACAAACAGUCCCGCCCGCACCCACACGCGCGCGCAGAGCGUCGACCCGGCACGCUUCACCUCGUACGACGGCUCUGUCUCGCCUCCCGCCAAACUGCGUCUCAACUCGUUCGAUGGCUCCGUCUCCCCUCCUGCGAAACCGCGUCCCCUGUCCAUGGCCGUCUCGCGCGCUGACUCGAUACGAGCACCCGCCCGCGACCGUCCUCUCAGCACCGCUCACCUUGACAGACCUGAGCUGCAACGGUUCCAAAAGUCAUCGACCGGCCACCUGCGGACGCUGUCGAAAUUUGCAGAGUCUGCCUCGGAAGAUGAUUUCACCAUCAAGUCACCAGACCAGGAGGUUGUUGGUCUUCACGGGCGCAGAAGGCUGCAGCGGACCGACUCUGCGCGUGGAAAGAAGGAGACCUCUAGCUGGUCGAGCCGGAACUGGAUGGACCAACAACGGCAAUUCUUGCAGGCAUAUGAAUAUCUGUGUCACAUUGGAGAGGCCAAGGAGUGGAUAGAAGACAUUAUCCACAAAGACAUCCCGCCCAUCGUCGAACUAGAAGAAGCACUAAGAGACGGAGUGACACUGGCCGAAGUGGUUGAGUCUAUACAAGGACGAGCACUCCGCAUAUUCCGCGACCCAAAGCUCCAGUGGAGGCAUUCGAACAACUAUGCCCACUUUUUCAAGUUUCUCUCCGAUAUAGAGCUGCCAGAUCUGUUCCGGUUCGAGCUGGUCGAUCUUUACGAGAAGAAGAACAUUCCAAAGGUCAUCCACUGCAUCCACGCCUUGUCUUGGCUUUUGUUCCGCAAAGGCAUGGUCGAUUUUCGCAUCGGUAACUUGGUCGGAAAACUUCAGUUCGAGGACCAUGAACUGGAAGCUAUGCAGAAGGGCCUGGACAAGUCUGGAGUCAGCAUGCCCAACUUCUCUGGCAUGUCCGCAAAAUUCGCAGUAGAGCCGGAACCAGAACCAGAACCUGUGGAGUCGGAGGAAGAUCGCAUCGACCGCGAGCUCUCUGAAAACGAAGCCAUCAUCUUGGAUCUCCAAGCCCAAAUGCGUGGAGCGUUGGUGCGCAUACGCCUCGGCAACAUGAUGCAGCAUCUUUGGGACAACGAGGAGCUCAUUGCUGACCUCCAGUCGCGCAUUCGCGGAGACUGGGCUCGCCAAAUCGCCUACUACCGAUUGGAUAUGCGACGCUUUGCGAUUACGCUACAAAGCGCCGCCCGUGGUUUCCUCAUCCGAUCACGGUUACGAGGCGAAGAGGAAUAUUGGCGUGACAAGCAGCCGCAGGUGCUCCUGGUUCAGAAUCUGUUCCGUGGACGCAAGGCCAGAGCAGAGGUCCAAUAUACGAAGUCGAAGAUGCAGCGACAUGAAAACGGCAUUCGGGAAUUCCAGGCUGCUAUCCGAGGUGCACUCCAGCGACUCCGGGUUUGCGACCGUUAUGAGCAGACACGCGACGCAGAGCCGGCUGUUCUGCAUAUCCAGUCAAUGAUCCGCGGUGCAUUAGUCCGCCACCAAGUCGAUCGAGACUAUACCGAGCUCAAGGAGAACGAGAGCCACAUCAUCGGCCUACAGGCUCUUGCCAGGGCGACAUUCAUCCGAAACUCAAUGCAUGCAACUCAGGAAAGUCUUCGCCAGCAGGAAUCAAUGAUUACACUACUACAAGCCGCCGCCCGUGGCGCAAUCUCAAGAAAGCAAAAUGCGGAAGUGCAGGAGAAGCUGGUAAGCACCGAUGUCAAUUGGUCCGAUCUGCAAUCACAAGCUCGUGGCAACUUCUUGAGAAGCCUUCUUACACAACAGCGGGAUGCACUCCAAGCGGAGUUGCCUCAGAUCAUUGAUUUCCAGGCUGUCGCAAGGGGAGGCCAACUCCGCUCGGAGAUGGCGAACACCCUCGCGCAGCUCAAUGACCAAGAGCCCACUGUCAUCUCUCUUCAAUCUUAUAUGCGUGGUUUCCUGUCACGGCAGGGGCACUUCUCUAAUCUCAAGGCUCUACAGGCUCAGACCCCAACAAUCCUCGAUCUCCAGUCAGCAUGUCGGGGUUUCAUGCAACGACAGCGCACUUACGAAACUCUCUGUGCACUUAACAACGAGGAGGCCGAGAUCACACAAAUGCAGGCCUGCGCCCGCGCGGUGAACCUACGGAUGCACAUUGGUUUGAUCCUUGCUCAAGUCGAGGAGCACGAAGACGCCAUUAUCGAACUCCAGUCCCUAGCACGGGGGAUGAUCAUACGACAGAAGUUCGUUCAGAAGAAGAAGUUCUACAAGGAAAACAUGGAGAAGGUCAUCAAGAUCCAGAGUUUUGUGCGUGGCCGCCAGCAGGGUGAAGCAUACAAAAGCUUGACUACUGGCAAGAACCCACCUGUCUCCACCGUGAAGAACUUCGUCCACUUGCUGAAUGACAGCGACAUUGAUUUCGAUGAGGAAAUCGAGUUCGAACGUCUCCGCAAGACCGUUGUUCAGCACGUGCGACAGAAUGAGCUUGCCGAGCAGUACAUCGACCAGCUUGACAUCAAGAUUGCAUUGCUCGUCAAGAACAAGAUUACAUUAGACGAGGUUGUCAAGCACCAAAAGCACUUCGGCGGCCACGUAGGAACACUCCUCAGCAGCAAGGACAUUUCCUCCAAGGAUCCCUUCGAUCUCAAAGCGCUGAACAAGAAUUCGAGAAGAAAGCUCGAGCACUAUCAAGAGCUUUUCUUUGUCCUCCAGACUCAGCCGCAAUAUAUGGCACGCCUCUUCAAGCGUCUUCGCGAGCAAGGCCUUGCGGACAAGGACACGAAGCGCAUCGAGCAGCUCACCAUGAGUUUGUUCGGUCUUGCACAAAAGCGAAGAGAGGAAUACUAUCUACUAAAGCUCAUGUCGCGCUCCUUGAAAGAAGAAGUCGAUGGCUGCGCUACCGUGCAGGAAUUCGUUCGAGGCAACUUUUUCUGGUCCAAGCUCUUCAACAGCUAUGUGCGCUCCCCCCGCGAUCGCAAGUUUUUGAAAGACCUAUUUGGUCCAUUGAUCAAGGAGAACAUCAUCGACAACGAGCACCUCGACCUUGAGAGCGACCCAAUGCAAAUCUACCGCUCAUCCAUCAAUAACGAGGAGCUAUCUACAGGCCAGCGAAGUCGUCGCGAUCCCAACGUAUCGCGAGACCAAGCGAUCAAAGACCCAGAGACUAGGGAGAUGUUCAUCCACCACCUUCAAGAUCUCCGCGACAUAGCCGAUCAAUUUUUCGCCAUCACAGAGGAGGUCUUGCACAGGAUGCCUUUCGGUAUUCGAUACAUGGCUCAGCAGAUGUUCGAAGAGCUUCGCCAGAAGUUUCCCUACGAACCACAAGAGCAACUGCUUCAGAUAGCCGGCCACUGGGUAUGGCGGUCGUACAUGCAACCUGCACUCCUGCAGCCGCAACAUUGGGGUGUUGUCGAUCGAGGCUUGUCGCCUCUCAUGAACAGGAAUCUCGGGGAGGUUGCCAAGGUUUUGGGCCAAGUAGCAGCUGGACGACUUUUUGGCGGAGAGAACAUCUACCUGCAGCCCCUCAACAGCUACAUCACAGAAGCUAUUGACCGGUUGCAGGAUCCGGCAGUGAUCAACGUUCGCGAUGCUGAAGCCCAAUUCGAAAUCGACGAAUUCAAUGACUUGUUUGCUCGCGUGAAGCCGACACUCUACAUCAAGCUCUCCGACGUCUUCGCCAUUCACAACCUUGUUAUCGAUGACCUACCCACGCUCUGCCCCAGCCAAGAUGAUCCUCUUCGCGAGGUCAUUCGCGAACUCGGCAGCGCCAAGAACAACGAGAACGAGCUUUUGCACGUCAGCUCGACCGAGAUCACCUUGACCCUCAAUCCCAAGUUCCACGAGCAAGAAGAUCCCGAGGCUGAUAUCAAGGCACUCUUCAUGGAGACGAAGCGCUACAUUCUAUAUAUCAUCCGCAUCCAGACGGGCGCUAACCUUACUGAAAUCAUGUGCAAGCCCGUCACACCGGACGACGAGGAUCGAUGGGAAACCCUUAUUCGCGACGAAAUCGCCGCCCAGAUGAAAGAUCGCAAUCGGAAGCUCCGCUCUUCCGCCGCCUCCACCUACACGACUGACAUGGGAUCUACCACCGUGCACGAUCUGGACUAUCCGUCCCUCAAGCGCUGCGCUCUAGAAAACAUACUGCAAUUACAGCGCGCUGGCCGCAUCUCUCCCCACAAUCACUACCAAGACUUACUUAACGCUAUUGCCGUCGACAUCCGCACCAAGCACCGUCGGCGCAUUCAACGCGCGAAGGAACUCGAAGGGGUGAAGUCUACACUAGGCGCCCUGGACGACAAAGCGCACUUCCUCGAAUCCCAACUCAAGUCCUACAAUGACUACAUCGAGCAAGCCAUGAUAACGCUGCAGAAUAAGCGCGGGAAGAAGAAGUUCCUCCUUCCCUUCACCCGCCAGUACAACCAUAUGCGCGAGCUUCAACGCUCAGGCCGUGAAUACCGCUUCGGCUCGUUCAAGUACUCCGCCCGCAACCUCGCCGACAAGGGCAUCCUCGUCUCAUGGAACGGGUUUCCUGAGCGCUCCUGGGACCGCCUCGACAUCACCAUCUCCUCCAACAGCACGGGAAUUUUCGAAAUUCAGGGCUCCCAGGGCAGCAUGAUGAUCCCUGGUGCGUUCGCAGAGGUUCCGCUAGAUGGAUUGCUGCAGGCGCAGUUCGACAACCACCAGUUUAUGAAUUUGUUCUGUGGAGAGAACGCGGGUGCACCGGGUGUGCAUGGGCGGAAGAAGAGCGAGGCUACAGGCGGGGAGGGCGUGGCAAGGGUUAAUGUUAAUUUGUUUUUGCAUCUAAUUUUCAAGAAGUUUUACCGGGAUGAGUAG